UUCUAUAUUUCUAAUUCUAAAUAACGUGAUAACGUUUUAAUUAUCAUAGAAAAAUUAUUAUUUCUAUGGAGGAUUUUGGGGAACAGUAUUGUGCGCUGUGCGUCAAUACCAUAAGCGAUGGGAAUUUUAAAGAAAUACAAGUCGUUACCAGGGAUAUUUUUGAGGUUAUUUUGCUGAAAGUGGAUUUUGACGGCAGAAGUAAACAAGUAAUAUGUAACAUUUGUUCAUUAGCCGUCAUGGAAGCAUUCAAAUUCAAAUCAAUGUGUCUCUAUACUGAUUACACCAUAAUUCCUUAUGUCGAUGACGAAACAGGAUGUUCUGUUAGCUUAAUGGAGAUUUACACAAAGGAAAAUGGAAUCGAACAAUCAAUCGAAACAAUGAGGGAGCAGAAAGUAUGCCGAUUAUGUUUUCAACUAAUAAGGGCCGAAUUUAUCUCGGUACAUGAUGUAAAUAUUGAUAUGAUCGAGUGUUAUAUUCCAGAAAUAAAUUUCAGUGUCACCGAAGAUCCUGUUCUUUGUAGACACUGUUUCGAUUCCUUCGACAUCCACAGUUCUUUUGUAAAGAGAUGUUCGGAGGUAGAGAAAAAAGUUAAAAGUAUUCAGCCAUCAUUAAUUUCGAGCAUUAAAACGGAUAUCAAAAUAAAAUCUGAAGCAAGUGAUCAGGAAGAGGAGUUGAGCAAAAUUGAGUCUACUAUAAUGAAAACUGAAAAAAAAGAAAUGUCUAUUAAAGCCGAGUCUAUCGAAAUAAAAACGGAAGAAAAUAACGAAGAGAGUGACGCACCUGAUUAUGAAUCAGAACUCGAAGGUGUUUCCGAAGUAGACAAAAUCAAAUGUAAACCUAAAAGGCAUAUGUUGAAAAGGAAAAAGGGAGCAGUGAAAAAAAUUCAUACAUGCGAAAAGUGUGACUAUAAGACUGUAUUUAAGAACCACUUUACAAAUCAUCAGCUGAUACACGAAAAUGUUCCUAAAACAAAAAAGGAAGGAUGUCCCAGUUAUGAAGCGAAGAAGAAGAGCCCUCUUUUAAGCCAUCGCUUACAUGACAAAAAUUCUUCUGAAGUGAACAGAUUUAAAUGUAUUUAUUGCGAUUAUAAAGCAAAACGGAAGGGUGUCCUGCGGGAACAUUACAUAACCAAUCAUGAAGAGAAUUUGCUGGACCCCAAGGAAAAUUCAAAAAUAAAACAAAUGCUUAAUCUCAGAUAUCCGUUACCUGUGAAAAUACAUAAAUGUGAUAUAUGUCCCUAUACAGCUAUAAACAAGAAGAAACUUCUAAACCACCGGUGCAAGUUGCCCCUAAAGUGCUACCAAUGCAGUUACACGACCCAGUUUAAGUUCCAGUAUACAGCCCACCAAAUGAUGCACGAGAACCCCUCAAAUAUGGAAAUGUACAAGUGUCACAACUGCAAUUAUGAAACCAAAUAUAAGAACCGCCUUACAAAGCACCAGUUAAAACACAAAAAUCCAGAGCAAGUGCAGAUGCACAAAUGUAUUUACUGUAAUUAUGAAGCAAAAUGUAAGGGAAGUUUGAGGUCGCAUCUGUUACUUAUUCAUGCAGACUUCCUAUAUGACCCCAAGGAGAAUUUGAGGGUUCAGGGUAUGCUGAAUUUCAGGAAGCCAAUUUCACUAAAGAUGUACAAGUGUGAUAAAUGCAUCUAUGAAACACUAAACAAGACUGCCUUCAACGCACACCAAUUGAUACACAGGGACCGAUCACACGUCCGAAUGUACACAUGUGAAGUGUGUGAUUUUGAAACCAAAUAUAAGAAAAGUCUUGACGGCCACAAAAUGACACAUGCCGAGGAGCUAAAUUUCAAGUGCCACACCUGCAGAUACGCGACCAAGCAAAAAAAACAACUUGCCCGCCACAAGUUAACACACUUAAACAUUGCCGAAGUGCGAAUGUACAAGUGUCACAACUGCGAUUAUGAAAGCAAGUAUAAGGGCCACCUUGCAAGGCAUCAAUUAAAACACCAAAAUCCAGAGCAAGUACAGAUGCACAAAUGCAUUUACUGCAGUUAUGAAUCAAAACAUAAGGAAAGUUUGAGUUCACACAUAGAAUUUAAUCACAGAGACAAGUUGCUCGACCCCGAAGAGAAUUCAAAGGUAACACGUAUGCUGAAUCGUAAAAAAAUAUUUUCGUUGGAAUCGUACAAAUGUGACAAAUGCUCCUUUGAAACCCCACACAGAAGCAUCCUCAAUGGCCAUCUCUUGACUCACAAGGAUCGAUCGCAGGUGCGAAUGUACAUGUGCAAUGAAUGCGGUUAUGAAAGCAAGCGUAAGUAUAGUCUCACUAAACACAAAUUGAUACACAAAAGUCCAGCCGAGGUGCAAUUAUACAAAUGUGACACUUGCAACUAUGCAGCCAAGGGAAAAAGUGCCCUUAAACGGCACCAGUUAACCCACAAUAAUAACAUUGAAGUGCAAAUGUACAAAUGUCGGACAUGUAACUACAAAUCCAAAUUUAAGAGACGCCUUGAAAUUCACCAAUUACGGCAUAAAAGCCCUUCCAAAGAGAAAAUGUACACGUGUGAUACGAAAAUGGAUAACGUUAAACCGCACCAGUUGAUGAACAAAAAUGCCUCUGAAAUUGAAAUGUACAAGUGUAACAAUUGCGACUAUGAGACCAGAUAUAAGAGCAAUCUUAUAAGGCACCUAUUACAACAUAAAAGUCCUUCCAAUAUACGGAUGUACAUGUGUGAAUCGUGUGAUUUCAAAUCAGAAUCUAAGAAAUGUCUUAUUAACCACAAACUGAUGCACAAAAAUCCAUCUUAGGUGCAAAUGUUCCCGCGUUUAUGCUACCAAGUAUAAGUAUAAUCUUGCAUUUCACCAGUUGUGGCAUGAAAACGCACGGAAACGGUUUCAUCACAAGUAUGAUUAGUGUGAUUUUAAUACUAAGUAUUAGACCUGUUUUUAUUACCAUAAAUUGGCACACAAAAUUUCCAAAGUGCGAAUGUAAAGUAGUCUAUUACGUGUUUUUUUUUUGUUUCUAGUAGAAAAGAAAAAAUGGGUGUACCGCAUUUAUUGCCAGUAUAAGGCCUGCGGCAAGGUAACGCAACGUCCGUCGAUUCUAAAGUACAUUUAUUUUGAUAGGUCCAGCCCCGCGGCCGCUUGUCCAUACUGCGUGCAUUUCUCACUGUUGAGCAACAACGGCUGGCAAAGAUUGUCUUUUUACAUGUUUUUAUUUUUUAUUUGUAUUUAUAACAUUAUAUGGUAAGCUACGAUGCCAUAUGUCUAUUCUGCAUAUUUUACUUAAGAGAACGGAUGGUUACCGAAAAAGAAACAGAAUUAAAAGAGGACAUAGUCGCUUACUAGCAAUAAAAAGAAAUAUGUGAAUGCUCUUUCACAGGUAAAGUCUGAUAAGAUAAGCAAAAUUUGAUGACCUCGCAGAAGUUACGAUCUGAUUUCAAUGGAUUUUAAAAAGCUAUCAUUUAUUAAUAAGUUCUGGCUUCUUUACAGGGAUCAUAAGUGUGCUCAGGCCAUCAAAUUGAUUUGAAUCUAUUUAAAAAAAUGAGUACUUUGCUUGUGGUCACUUUGAAAAUAAAAAGAAAUUUAACCGGUAUAGAAAAUCAAGAAAGUAGUACCAAAGAGUUAAUGAGCUUGAGUACAAAAAAAAUUAAAUUUGGAAUAAUACAAGUGAAACAAUAAUAACUACAUAUUGUUAAGACGAUAUAAAAUGUCGAAGAAACUGUUGUAAGCUAUUUAGUUUGUGAAAAGGAAAUUAAUUGAAGGAAAACAAAUUUUCUACCUGUUUAGCUUAUGUUAGAUUUUUAGUAAUAGUGUUAAAACCAUCAUUGUACAGGGUGUUUUGCAUAAGAACCAAUACAGAGCAUGUAGGGGAACCCAAAAUAUGGCGAUUUAAUGCAACUUACGUUUAUACUAAGCUGCACCACUGAGAAGUUAUAGGUCUUGAAAGUUGAGUUUC